AUGGGAGAAGACAGUGCCAUGACCUCUCAUGGUGGUCACAUGGGUAACAUUUCGCUACCAUCACUUUCAGUAACCCGGACACUAGCAGACCUCAACUUCAACACCACCACUACCAAAUCCAUCUUCAUCACCGGUUUGGCCGUCUUGGCUUUUUUCGUCACCACCAGCAACUAUUCGCGGAAGACAACCAAAAACGAGGACGACAAUGAGGAUGACAGCAACCCAAGCUCCCUCAAAUCCCUCCUCCUCUUCUGCUACUCCUGCUUUAUCAAACCUCACGCCACCGCCGGCACCACAGGAACACAGCAAGAUGCCCUGGAGUCGUUUUACGGAAGUCAGGCAGACAUUUAUGAUGCGACAAGGGGCACGCUACUGAAGGGGAGGGAGGAUAUGUUGGCUCUUGUAGCUUCGCAGUUGAGGUACAAGGUUGAGGCUGGACUUGGCGGACUUGGAGGAGCUGGAGAUGGGCUGGAAAAAAGACAAAGGAAUGGGAAGACAUGUGGAACCGUGACCGGGACAGGGACCGGGACAAGGAGGAAACCGAUAUGGGUAGAUGUCGGUGGGGGCACAGGCUGGAAUAUCGAAGCCAUGGCCAAGUUUGUCGACAUCUCUGAAUUCUUCAAGACUGUUUACCUAGUGGACUUCUCGCCGUCGCUUUGUGAAGUGGCUAGGAAGCGGUUUGCCAGGCUGGGGUGGGAGAAUGUGAGGGUUAUCUGCACGGAUGCUCGCAGGUUUAGGCUUGAGGAUUAUGAGGAUAUUGACGAAGGAGAGUCUGGUUCUGGACCUUCUUCGCCUUCUUUGUCGAGUUGGUGGGGAGAGACGAAGCCGGGACGACAUGCGGGGGCUGAGUUGAUCACCAUGUCUUAUAGCCUUUCGAUGAUGCCGGAUUAUUUCUCGAUUAUCGAUUCGCUCGAGUCUCUGUUAGCACCUCACGGCUUGAUUGCCGUCGUGGACUUUUACGCCCAGUCGAAAGUCGACUUCACUUUCCGCAACUACACGGGCGGUCUUGUGAACCGACACGUUGGCUAUUUCAGGCGGAACUUCUGGCGCUCGUGGUUCGAUGCUGACAGGGUGUCUCUUGAGCCAGCUCGUCGAGAUUAUCUCGAGUACAGGUUCGGAACUGUCCUGACCGUCAACGCCCGCAACAGCACACUGGGAGCAAUUCCUUACUACAUCUGGCUGGGAUGCCUCAAGAAGCCCUUUUCUACGUCGAGUCUACCACACGAAAUUGUGGAACACAUCGAUGCUAUCGCAACAGAGUCCCCAAGAUCAUCACCCCGUCUAGUGGGCAAACAUUCUUCCUCAGCAACAAAUGCGCUAGCCUUUGCAGUCGGCCGCACAGCGCCGGAGAUGCGCUCAAAGGCCUUCAAUACGGCCAUCGAGAACAUCUCGGCCAACCUACCUCUCCCCUCUUUCUUCUACCAAAAUCACCACUGGAGGAUCUACUACGACGACCAACUCCCGAAGCACACCCAGUUCAACGAUGAGUACAUCUACGCCUUUACCUGGGAAGACUCGCGCGUCGACAGAGAACUCCUCAACCUUGGGCCCGACGACGUCGUCCUAGCCAUCACCAGCGCCGGCGACAACAUUCUUUCCUACCUGAUGCAAAGUCCCGCUCGCGUGCACGCCAUCGAUCUCAACCCAGCCCAAAACCACCUGCUUGAACUCAAAGUCGCCUCUUUUACGGCUCUGGACUACCCCGACGUCUGGAAGAUCUUCGGUGAGGGCAAACACCCCGACUUUCGCUCACUGCUCAUCUCCAAACUCUCCCCUCACCUCUCCGGCCGCGCAUUUCAAUACUGGCUAUCCAAUGCGCACAUAUUUACCAACCCUACGGGGCGCGGUCUCUACGAUACCGGCGGCUCCCGAUACGCUAUCCGUUUCUUCCGCUGGAUUUCCACACUCUUCUUCUGCCGCUCUGCGGUCCGUCGACUCCUCUCUACUCCCACCCUCGAAGGGCAACGUUCCAUUUACCACACCAAAAUUCGUCCCUGUCUGCUCAACCGCUUCGUCAACGGCCUAGUUCUCAGCUCCGACGCCUUCCUCUGGUCGGCUUUGGGCGUGCCCAAGAAUCAAGUGGCUAUGAUCGAAGCCGACUACCACCGCCGUUCUAUCUCCUCCACCACCCCCAGCAAAGAAAAACCAAGCCGCGCCGAAGCAAUCCUUCACUACACAACCUCCACCCUUGACCCCGUUCUCUCCACCUCCCACCUUGCCUCGGACAACCCUUACUACCUCGUCUGUCUCCUGGGUCAAUACACACGCCAGUGCCAUCCCGAUUACCUCUCUCCUGCCGCCCACUCUAUACUCAGCGCUCCUGGAGCCUUUGACGGCUUACGCAUCCACACGGAUGAAAUACAGGAGGUGUUGGCUAGGUUUCAGCCGGGUACUUUGACAGUGGCGGUGGUGAUGGAUAGUAUGGAUUGGUUUGAUCCGCCUUCGCCUGAGGAGGAAAAGGAAGGAAGGGGCAAGGCGAGGGAGCAAGUGAGGAGGUUGAAUCGGGCGUUGAAGGUGGGUGGAAAGGUGUUAUUGAGGAGCGCGGGAGUGGAGCCGUGGUAUGUGAGGGUUUUUGUGGAAGAGGGGUUUGGAGCGAGGAGGGUGGGUUGUCGUGAAUCUGGAAGGGGGGAUCAGGAGUGUAUUGACAGAGUUAAUAUGUAUGCUAGUUGUUGGAUCUUGGAAAAGAUUAAGGAUCUUGAGGAGUUGGUGGACUCAGCUUAG